AUGACCAACCUAGAUGACCAACAGGGGCAAACUGACUACGCUCCCUAUUUCUAUGACAACGGACCGAGCAGCACCGAUGGGAAUAUGGCUCUGUUCAGUAUCUCAGAAGACACACCAGUCGGAACACAGCUAUAUAUCCUAAACGGUACCGACCCAGAGGGGGAUGCCGUGUGGUUUGGCCUGACCUUUGAGAAGGGCACCAGAGAAUACCUGAGAGUGGACCCUAAGUCAGGAAACAUAACUCUCAUUCAGGAACUGGACAGAGAGAAACAAGGUGAAAUCUUAGCUUUUGUUAGCAUAACAGAUGGUCGGAAUAAGGUUGUCGAGACGGUACGGGUGUUUGUCACCGAUGCCAAUGAUGAGCAACCAGAGUUCCAGAACCUGCCUUACGCCGUGGACGUCCCCGAGGACACCGCGUCUGGAAGCAGCAUUUACAGAGUACAAGCGGUGGAUAAAGACAUGGGCUCUGGAGGCAGUGUCAACUACUACUUACUGGGCACCUCUGCUACCAGGUUCACCAUCGACGGCCACAGUGGGGUCCUGCGGAUCAAACCAGGCCAGACGCUCGACUACGAGACCACAGCAACACACUUUGUGAUAGUGGUUGCCAAGGAUGGGGGUGGACAGUACAAAGGGAAGCACCAGGUGUUGACAUCUACAGCCACCAUAACCAUCAACGUCCUCGACGCCCAAGACACUCCUCCAGCCUUCAUUGGAACUCCUUACUUUGGCUACGUCUACGAGGUCUCACUUCCUGGUUCUGAAAUAUCCACUGUGUUCGCCAAAGAUGGAGACGAAGGAAACCCUAAUCUUAUUCAUUAUUCUAUAACCAAUGGUAGUGAGGGUGUCUUCACUAUCAAUAGCACAAGUGGUUGUAUCAGCCUAACAGCUUAUCCAGUCACGCUGAGGAAUGAAUUAUAUGAAAUCCAUGUCAAGGCAACUGAGCUGGGGCCGAGUGAGGAGCUGUUGGACUACUAUACCAUGACUGUGGUGACGGUUCGAGUGGUGGACCUCAACAACCACCCUCCUACCUUCUACGGAGAGAACGGGCCCCAGAGCCAGUUCGAGGUGACCAUGUAUGAGCACCCUCCAGAGGGGGAGAUCCUCAGGGGGCUAAAGAUAACGGUCAACGACUCUGAUCAGGGUGCGAAUGCUAAAUUUAAACUGAGAUUGGUGGGGCCUGGUCGUGUACUCAGAGUGGUGCCCCAGACGGUCCUCAAUGAAGCACAGGUCACCAUCAUCGUUGAAGACUCUACUGCCAUCGAUUACGAAAAAGGCAAAACCUUAACAUACAAGUUACUAGCGAUGGAGAUUGACACCCUUGAGAGGUUCAGUGCCACGGCUGAUAUUGUGAUUCAUCUUCUGGACACCAAUGACAACACUCCCAGGUUCACCUCAGAGUAUUACGUCGCACGUAUCCCGGAAAACUCCCCCGGAGGCUCCGACGUAGUGUCUGUCACCGCCAAUGAUCCAGAUUCUGGCCUUUGGGGUGAAGUCAAAUACUCCAUCUAUGGUUCCAGAACUGAUUUGUUUCUCAUCCAUCCGUCUUCAGGCAUCAUAUACACCCAGGCCUGGGCCACUCUGGAUGCUGAGGUCAAGUCCAAGUACAACUUCUACGUGAAGGCAGAGGACACAGAGGGAAAGUACAGCCUGGCGGAGGUGUUUGUCACUGUCCUGGACAUCAACGACCAUGUUCCAGAGUUCGAUGACAGCCUUGUGGAGCGGACCAUGGUCAUUGGUGCACCUGUUAGAGUAGAGGCAAUAGAUGCCGAUGCAGGGUCGCCCAACAACAUCAUUGAGUAUUCCAUCAUGCAAGCUGAGCCGAACAAUAUCUUCGACAUCAACGCGGAGACGGGAGAGAUCAACCUGAAGUCGUACAUCAAGUCCAUGGAGAUCGUGCAGAACAUCACCAAGCAGAAAGACUGCAGGUGGUCUCUGGUGGUCCAAGCCCGGGACCGAGGGUCUCCGUCCUUCAGCACUACCGCCGUGGUCAACAUCGACAUCACUGAGGCGACUCAAGUCAAUGGGCCUAUGGCAGCCUUUUUAUUGCAAAGUAGGGACAACCCAAUGAAGGCACUUGGCAUGGUCGCUGGUGUCAUCAGCAUAUUGGUAGGGGUCACUGUCUUGAUCUCCACGGCUACGUUCUUGCGCAACACCAAGUCCAACAGGAUAAUGCCGGCACGUCGCAUCGUCAUCAGACGGAGACCGCCAAGGGACCGCAAGCCGUGGACUUUUAACGUACCGUUCCGUGGUAGCGGAAACGACUCGUCGAACAAGUUCAUUGUAGGCGACCCGGAAGCAGGGAGUGUCAACAUCAACAUCAACAACAAAAGCGGCCCCCGGUGGUCCAGGUCAAAACCCAAACCUACGCCCCCUAGAGCUCCCUGCCUGCCCCCUCCGUCCUGCCCUCCUCCAUCCUCCAACCCCAGGCCCAGUGAGAGGCCCCGGCCCUGGGCAGCAGUGCCCACCGUCUCUGGGGGUCUGACCUCCACUGGUUCCAGGAGAUCCAGCCAGAGCAGGGAGAUCAACAUCGGCUCUGACACUUCUAGGAUCCCCGUCAGCUCAGCCCUGGUCUCUGAACUCAAAAUGAGACUAGAGCAGAAAAUCAUUGAGAGCAACUCAAGCUAUUAUUGA